CCGGUACUGAGCCGGCCGUCAUUUUGAAUGUUCGGCGCGGUUUAACUGCAGCGGUUUUGUUGUGACAGCAGAGAAAAGCAGAAUGACUUCCACUAUCGCAUCCAGUGACGAAGACUCAUUCAAGACCCCGAAAACUGUACGACUGAGGAGCUAUGGAAGCAGCGGUGGCACCCCGAUCACCAUCCCUGCCUCACCGUUCAUGAAGAAGCUGGGAUGUGGGACUGGAGUCAAUGUUUAUCUCAUGAACAGGAUGGGAAAGUUGAAUGCGUCACCCUGGGCUGUUAAGAAGAUUAACAGUAAAUGUGCAACCAAACAGGUGGCUGUUUACCAGCAGCGCCUCAAUGAGGAGGCAAAAGUCCUGAAGGGAAUCAAUCACCCAAACAUUGUUGGUUUCCGUGCCUUUGCCAUGGCUAAAGACGGCUCCAAGUGUCUGGCCAUGGAGUAUGGAGGAGAGCAAUCCCUCAAUGACAUGAUAGAGAAGAGGAGGGAGGACGGUCUGAAGGCUUUUGCUGCCGCCAACAUAGAGAAAGUGGCGCUGCAUGUGGCCCGCGGCCUGCAGUAUCUGCACAACGAGAAGAAGCUGCUGCACGGCGACAUGAAGUCAUGCAAUGUGGUCAUCAAAGGCGACUUUGAGACAGUGAAAAUCUGUGAUGUUGGUGUUUCUCUGGAGCUGGAUAAGAACUUGAGAGUGUCUGAUCCAAAAGCAGAAUACAUCGGCACGGAGCCGUGGAAGCCGAAGGAAACUCUUGAGGAGGGAGGGGAGAUCACGGACAAGGCCGACAUCUUCGCCUACGGCCUGACUCUGUGGGAGAUGAUGACGCUGGCCAUGCCUCAUCUGGAGAUGCUGGAGGAUGAUGACGAUGAGGAGGUUGAAGAAGAAUCUUCUAUGGAAGAGAGCUUCGAUGAGGACGCCUACUAUGAGAGGUUGGGAACAAGGCCGGCUCUGGACACUGAGGCUCUGGGCGGCUCAUACCGGAGGAUGGUGGAGCUCUUCUAUCUCUGCACAGAAGAAGACCCCAAAAAGAGACCAUCAGCUGCCCAGAUUGUCCAGGCUUUAGAGAGCAAUGCCCAACUGGACAAAACACCCUGUGAUGUGAUUGUUAUUGACUAAUUUACACAACUAUUUAUCAUUUUCACGUUAAAGCUGCAUGUUGUGGUGCAUUUAGGGUCCAGUAUGUCAGGAUUUUGGUAAAUAGGAUAAUAGAUAUUUGUUUCUGUCAGCGAUAAAAAUUGAAGACUGCACGAUAACCUGUUUUCACUGUUAGUCUUUUGCAAUAAUUUAGAAACUAAAAUGCUGACCGUCAUUGAAUGUUGAGUUAUCAACCAUCAGUUAAUGGUUAAAUAUUUUUCUGUAUGUUGUCUUUUCUAUCUUGUACCAUCUGCUUUUACAGUAUGAAUGUUUUCACCUUCAUUACCUGUUACUAUGUAUCUUUUUCGUUACUGUAAACUGAAACAAUUCUUACUUUCAUCAAAUUAGACUGAAAGCCCAGAACACUGCUUUAAUGUGUUUGUAUUUUUCUGCUGUGUGAAUGUCAAAAAUAUAAAUGGAUGUUGUCUUAA